AUGGGCAACGAAGAGUCGAGUAUGAUCGACCAGAAGACGCCCCCGAGGGUCCUGGAGAAUCGCAGUAUUGAAGCCGUGGCGAAUUAUAUCCUAGAGAAUGACAUUAGGCGGAUUGUUGUUAUGGUGGGAGCAGGCAUCAGUACUUCGGCAGGCAUUCCUGAUUUCCGUUCCCCAGACACAGGCAUCUACUCCAACCUGGCGCAUUUGGAGCUGCCGGACCCGGAGGCUGUCUUCAGCAUUACUUUCUUCCGAGAGAAUCCCAGGCCGUUCUACGCGCUGGCCCGCGAGCUAUACCCGGGUCGAUACCGGCCAACCAUUGCGCACUCAUUCAUCAAGCUUCUCCAUGACAAGGGGCGACUACUGAAACAUUUCACGCAGAAUAUCGACUGUCUUGAGCGCGAGGCAGGGCUGCCUGGGGACGCGAUCAUUGAGGCUCACGGGAGCUUCGCGACGCAGCGCUGCAUCGACUGCGGAGUGGAGUACCCUGAGAAGGAGAUGAAAGAAGCCAUCAUGGAAGGAAAAGUACCCUACUGUCCACGCUGUAACGGGAUUGUCAAGCCGGAUAUUGUCUUCUUCGGUGAGGGCCUUCCCGAGGAGUUUAUCGUGAACCGGGGCCUGCCAGAGGAGGCUGAUCUUUGUAUCGUCAUGGGGAGCAGUCUAUCCGUGUACCCCUUUGCCAGUCUCCCGGGCUUCGUGAGGGAAGGGGUGCCGCGGGUGCUCAUCAAUAUGGACCGUGCGGGCUCGUUGGGAUCGCGACCGGAUGAUGUGCUUCUCCUGGGAGACUGUGAUGCGGGAGUCAGAAGGUUUGCCAAGGCGCUGGGUUGGUUGGACGAGCUGGAAGCCCUGUGGGAGCAGACGAAUCCAAGCAAGGAGGCGCGCGAGGCAGAAAACGCUCCGCUGCCUGAUCGCGACCGGCGGUUGCAGGAUGAGGUGGAACGGCUCACGAAUGAAGUCGACCGCACACUGACUCUGGCGGACAUAAGUCGGCGACGGCUGGAGCAGCAAUUGGAGGAGAAGGGGCCCCGUGCUCCUGCUGCUCCUCCCCUGCCCAGUACGGAGGAUGAGAGUCGUGGAGGGCUGGGGCAUGUUUUCCCGCAUCUGGUACGGAAGCCAUCGUCGUGA